GCCAAACUAAAGACAAUGUUGUCUUUAGGCGGAUGCAGUAAAUUAUUCAUAGAGCUGGUGUCAUCAGAAAGUAACAUGAGGGAAUUUGCGUCAAACGCCAUCAAGUAUUUAAGAACCUACGAUUUUGACGGUUUAGACAUUGACUGGGAAUAUCCAGCGGCUCGGGGCAGUGGACCGGAGGAUAAAGCUAACUUUAUUACAUUGUUAAAGAUUGUGUAUAAUGCAUUUGUACAUGAAGCGCACACGGGAGGUAAACCACGCCUUCUUCUGACGGCGGCUGUUGGAACGUCAGAAUUCAGAGUGAGAAAAUCAUAUAAUGUUCAGGAACUUUCUAGAUAUUUGGACUUUAUCAACUUGGUGAUGUAUGAUUUUCACGGACAAUGGGAGGAUACGGUCAAUGUUCACAGUGCUCUGUACAGUGACAACGAUUUCAGUAUAGACCGCUUUGUCCAAUACUGGAUUUCUGAGGGCACUCCAAAAAACAAACUUGUAAUCGGUGUACCCUUCUAUGGGAAAAGCUUUACCCUAGCUGACAAACAACAAGCUGGUAUGGGCGAUAACAGUACCGCCGGAGGAACCAUGCCCUAUUUUAAAUUGUACCGGGCCGACACCAUACAUGUAAGACUUGACAGAGAAAGGGUUCCGUACUUUGUAUAUGACGAUCAAUGGGUGGGAUACGAUGAUGCACAAAGCAUAAUGGAAAAGGCACAAUACAUCCGAGACAAUGGUCUAGCUGGUGCCAUGGUAUGGGCGUUGAAUUUAGAUGAUACCACAGGGGCGUGUGGAGACGGUAAAUUCCCACUGAUGCAUGCACUGAAGAAAGGUCUCAUUGAAGGAUACCAAGUCGUUGGAUGA